AUGUUGAGAAAGCUCCAGGGUUCGGCCUCUGCUUCUGGCUCGUGCAUUAUUGUAUCUUCUAUUGAGUUGUCACAGGACAAAAUGUGCAAUCACCAGAAAAACAACUUCCUUGUUUCAAAUACAAUUUCCAGCAAAACAACAGACGAGCAAACAGACAAAGAGAGUUCUUACAUAUAUCAGAUUAAUUUACGAUACCAGCUACGAGCACAAAAAUUCCCAAAAGCAAUCCGCAAUUUAAGAAGGCACAUCCAAUCCAAUCAUAAACAGUUGAAACAGGGUUCGACGCCCGAACAGAAUUAUGCUGGAUCGCAUAAUCAAGAUAGGGAAAAUAAAAGGCAUAAUCAUAAGAAUACAAGAGAUCAUAACAAAGAAGAACACGAAAACUUCGGGCCGAAGCAAUUCCAGACCGCAAUAGAAUGUCCAAUAGAAACACAGAACAGGAAGUUCACUCAACGUCACAGCCAAUCCAAAAAACCAAAAACCGACCUCCAAUUCAAUUCCAGCAGCACACGUAAAAGGUUCGAGCCGAGGACGAGUGGACUGUCAAAGAUCGAGCAGGUUAGUGAUAAAUGGGGAACUGUGAGUGGCGCACGGAAGGUUUCGGGUGGGCCAAAAGAUGCCAAAUUGUGCCCCAAUGCGAUUUUUUUGCGAGGCUUAUAUAUAAAGGAAUUAGUAGGAUCUCCAAUGUAUUCUUUGACGGAAAUUUUCCCUAAUUUCUUACAUGCAUCUGGUGGUGGCCCCCAACAGGAGGAGGCGGCGACCAUGGCCGGGGAACUCCUCUCCUGCAUCUACAUCGACAUCUGCAUCGCCUUCUUCAUCUUCCUCAUAAGCCCAACAAGCCGUCCUGGACCCAUCCGCGUGCAGCCCCGAUCCAAUUGA